GACUUCAUGCGCCCCAACGACGCCCUGUGGUUCCUUCCGGAAUAUCGGCAUCGAGCGGCGGACUAUCUGUGCACCUUUGCACGGUCUCACCGUCUCACACGCAGGCAUAUAAAUUGAGACUGCCCUCUCGCCCAGGUACUUGCAUUCGCAAUUGAAAAUCUUCCUCUUCAAUUUCAACAAUCGACCGCACGUGAGCCAUACUGUUCGCCACCAUGGCAGCUCACAACCUCCCUGUGGACACUGUCCCUGGAACCGUCCAUCUUGUGGACCUGGAGCACACCAUGCACACAAGGCAUGCUGGCGGCACAGGAGACGUGGUGCUUGUGCCAACUCCAUCCGAUGAUCCAGACGACCCUCUAAACUGGUCACCAAAACGCAAGCUUAUGUCGACCAUCGCGGUCAACGUCUAUGUCCUCUUCGUUGGUAUCUCCGGUUCGGUCGUGUACUCCGUCAUCGUCCCUCUCUCAGAGGCUUCUGGGGUGUCUGUAAGCGCACUCAACCAAGGCACAGGAUAUCUCUUCCUCCUGUGUGGAUGGGGUUUACUCUUCUGGCAGCCUUUCGCGUUGCGUUACGGCAAGCGUCUUACAUAUUUGCUCUCAAUCAUCGGCUGUAUCGGGUGCACAAUGUUGGGCCCAUACGCACGCACGAAUGGUGCAUGGAUUGCCAAAAACGUUGUCAACGGUUUCUUUGCAGCACCAAUCGAGGCGCUGCCGGAGAUCUCUGUGACCGAUGUGUAUUUCCAACACCAGCGUGGAACUUAUAUGGGCGUUUACGCGUUCUUUUUAGCCGGCAGCAAUUACUUCGCACCAGUCAUCUGCGGAUUUAUUGCCCAGGACAUGAAUUGGAAAUGGGUGUUCUAUUUUCCCGCCAUGUUUCUCGCGUGCGCACUGGUGUUCUGCUUCUUCUUCAUGGAAGAAACGAACUAUCGUCGGGCCACGGUCGGAAUCGUGGAGGUUACGAGCGGCACACAAACUCCCAUCAGCGAGCCGAGAGAUGAGAAAGAGGCGGAGAAAUCGGCCUCCGUCAGAAGAGAGCCGGAGCUGGCAAGUAUCGAGAAGGGUACUUUCCAUUACGGAAGCAACAAGACCUUUUUCCAGAAAUUGUCCCUUUGGCAGCCAUCACCUGGUCAAGACGUGGUUGGAAGAGCUGUCCAGUCUCUCCGAUACCUCUCGUGGCCUGUCAUCUUCUACGCGGGUUUCAGUUAUGGAAGCUAUCUUAUCUGGUUCAACGUCCUCAAUGCGACUGCGAGUCUGAUUCUCUCGGCCCCUCCUUACAACUUUUCAUCUUCGAUGGUCGGUUUGAGCUACGUGUCAACAUGUCUCGGCGUGUGUGUCGGCUCGUACGUGACUGGUCGAUUGAGUGAUUGGUUGACGCUCAAACUCGCGCGCCGCAAUAACGGCAUUAUGGAACCUGAACAACGUCUUUGGCCCUUCGCUCUUUGCGUCAUCUUGGUUCCUGCAACGCUUUUACUCUGGGGCGUGGGCGCUGCAAACCACGUGCAUUGGAGUGGCCUUGUGAUUGCCAUGGGAGCACUUGCUUGUUGCAACGUCUUUGGCAUCACUCUUAGUGUCAACUACCUUAUCGACACAUACCAUGAAAUAUCCGGAGACGCUAUGACGACAGUCAUUAUUGUGCGCAACACAAUGUCCUUUGCUAUCGGCUAUGGUAUCACCCCUUGGAUCACGAAUAUGGGAGUCCAGAAUUGCUUCAUCUCGGCGGCUUUCGUCGGAAUGGCAGCCUCGUCCGCAUUUUUCAUCAUGAUAAUCUGGGGCAAGAAGUUCCGAGAGAACAGCCGGGUCAAAUACUGGAAUUUGGUGGGUGAGCUUCUGUCAAAGGGAGCUGCGACUGUCUAGAUGGUGGG